GUCUGUCAAGACCCUUUUCCUCAGGAAUGCAUGGCAUCCCCGUUUUAUGAAUCAGCUUUCUUGCGGUUUAGAUUUGAUGUCGAUGGCAGGCGAAUGGUUGACAGCCACCGCUAACACGAAUAUGUUCACCUACGAAAUAGCACCCGUUUUCAUUUUGAUGGAAAACGUCGUUAUGACUCAUAUGAGAGAGAUAAUUGGCGCAGGUUGGAGAAAUGGAGACUCCAUCUUGGCACCAGGGGGUUCUAUAUCCAACUUGUACGCGUUUCUGGCUGCCCGCCACAAAAUGUUUCCUCAAUACAAAGAAAAAGGAAUUGCUUCAAUAAAAGGACAGUUGGUGAUGUUCACAUCAGACCAG